CUUAACCACUACAGUAAACUGGCUCUCCACACUUUUUAAAGUUUGCUAAAUCGUAGUAUUUUAGAAAUGUAACCCAGAAAACUGUGGCUCAUGUUGGUACCUCACAAAAUGACUUCAAACAGCAUAAUUGAAGUCAAAGGCAGGGGGGAAAGAGGGAAAAAGAAGGAACUGGCCUUUGGCCGUGAUCUGGAUUGGAACUGUAGACUUGAAUCUGGCUCCCCAUUUGCUUUUCCCUCCAAAUAAACAGGCUCAUUUAUCUUACUUUAAAAAAGAAAGAAAUAUUAAUUAAUUAAUGUAACAUAUAAUGGUUUCUAAAACCUUUUGUAAAAAGACUUUGGGAAUUCAAAGUACAACCUGAGAAUUUUUUUUUAAAGAUUUUUAAAGUAAAGACUUUAAAUUGUAGAACUAAAAUAAAGAGUUGAUGAGGCAGAAUUCCCUUUUACGUACGCAUGCUGAUUCUUCCUUGUAUGAUUUUUUCUUUCUUUUAUAUAUUUACGUAUUCUAGCUUUAAUUAUAUUUUCCAAAAUUUUAACCAGGGCAAACAUGAAUUUAAUUAGCCGGUAAAGUCUUUGGCUCACCUGCUCCCGUUUCUUUAUAAAUAACUGGAUUGUGCAAACUUCUCUUGCUUUUAUUGAUUGAGUUUCAAGGGAGAUAUAUCUUUGCAUUAUAAUCAUAAAUGGAUGAUAUAUACAACACCAGGGGUCUCCAAACUUGGUAACUUCAAGACUUGUGGACUUCAAUUUUAAGGCUUGUGGACUUCAACGCCCAGAAUUCUUCAACCAGCCAUUAAAGUUACCAAGUUUGGAGACCUCUGUACAAGACCACAGAGAUCAAUAAAAAGUCACUGACAAUAUAAUAGUCCUCAUAUAGCAACUGCUUCAUAUAGGGUCCAUUUGCAGUUAUGACCAUGAUGAAAAAGUAGCUUUGUAACCAAUCUUUGCAGUUACAAUCUUCACAGAUCUGUAAAGCAAAGGAAAGCUGAAAUACUGUAAGCAGUCACAAUGUCACUUAGCAACCACUUUGCUUAAUGACCAAACUGUUGGUUCCAAUUCUGGUUGCUAAGUGAGACUACCUGUAUGGGGAUUAUUUGUGGGUAAUAAAACAUUGCAAAACAAAGUAUCCUCAGAUAAGAAGCCUUUUUUUAAAAAAAAGAGAAAUCUGAAAUUCAUAUACUGAAUCAUACACAAAUGGUAUCCAGUUAUUGGAAUUCAAAUAUUGAUUAUGCAUAAAAACGAAGUUGGGAUAUGAUGCUGAACAGAGCUGGAAAUAAGAGUUUAGUGUUUUUUCUCCAAGUAUGCAAGCCACAUUUUUUGUUUUCUAAGCUUGGAUUUAUGAUUAGGACUUCCUGUAGGUUGUGUAUCUGACAGGGGAAUUGAUUCCUCCAUUACUUCCUACGUAUCAUUAAAAGAGAGUUAUUGCUUCUAAUUGUCUUGUCCCCAGAACCAGGGACACCUUCUUUCUUUCUCCAAGGCCUUUUUGACCAUUCACGUGUCAACGGGUUCACACACGGGUUAGAAAGUUGAGGCACGCCACGCGGGGGAGACUUGUGGCUCUUGCCCUGGCAGAUCUGAACAAGGCAGGGAGGCUCGGCUUGCCCCCGUUACUCAUCGGGAGUUUCACGCACGCCACAGCCCCUCAGUCGGAUGAUGCGCUUCAGGUGAGAGGCUCCCUCCGUAGUCUUGGCGCCUCCAACCUCGCUUCUUCCUUAACGGCCGAGGGGGGCUUCGGCGGCCGCAGGGCAGGAGGAGGAGUUGAAAGACCUCCGGGUGAGCUAUAACUUGUGGAGCAGGAGACAGAGAGGCGAGGGAGCCGCUGACGAGCGGCGGGGGUGUUUGCCGGGCGUCCGGAGGAGGGCUCGGAAUCUCUCCGGCUCCCUGCCCACACCUGCUGUCCGAGGAGCGGCGCUCUCCUUGCUGCCUGCCCCGCCCCGCUGCCCCGAGGAGCCAGCCGUCCCCUCCCCCGACCCGCUCAGUGGCUGCUGCGGCGAGCCGCGGCUUUGAUAAAAGUUUUUGAGAGAAACCGAGCCUGACAGCCGACGGCGGGUAACAGAGCGAAGCUUUCCGGCCCCGCGACCCUUUUGCCUCGCGAUGCGCCCCAGAGGCGCCGGGAACCGACGCCAGCCCGGGCACCUGAUAAAACAGCACAUCUAGUAGGAUACCAACAGCUCCAGGAGCAUCCCUAUGCAGUUUUGCAGACCUCCAGAGGGAUGUCCCAGUCACACCUUCUUGGAAUCCUGCUUGCACUGGUGCUCUGCCUCCAGGGAGCUUCUGCCCAGGUUAUGGAAUAUGUAUAUGAAUAUGUGUAUGAAAGUUGGAAGGCCUACAGUGAAGAAUGUCACCGCAAUAUGAGCCUUUGGCCACCAUCUACUGAGUUGGUUUGUAACCGAACUUUCGAUAAGUAUUCAUGCUGGCCUGAUGCACAACUCAACAGCACUGUCAGUGUUUCCUGCCCCUGGUUCCUGCCCUGGUAUGAUCAAGUGAAGCAUGGCUAUGUAUUCAAGAAAUGUGGUCCAGAUGGACAGUGGGUGACCGGUCCUGGAGGGAAGUCACUGCGCAAUGCUGAUCAAUGUAUGAUAGACAACAAGGAGGACCAGGAGUGGUUUGAUAGAAUCUAUGGAAGCUUCAGAGUGAUGUACACGGUGGGCUACUCAGUGUCCCUCUGCGCUUUGCUCCUGGCCUUGGCGGUGUUGCUAGGCUUCAGCAAGCUGCACUGCAUGCGCAACUACAUCCACAUGAACCUCUUCGCCUCCUUCAUCCUGAAGGGCAUCUCAGUGCUCACCAUCGACACGCUGCUCCAUACUCGCUACAGUGAGAAGGUUGAUGACUACAAUGUGAGCCUUUGGCAGAGUGACAAGGCAGCAGCAGGGUGCCAGGCAGCCACAGUGUUCAUGCAGUAUGGUAUUGUGGCCAACUACUGCUGGCUGCUUGUCGAGGGGAUCUAUCUGUACAACUUGCUGGUAUUGACUGUCUUCUCCGAACACAGCUAUUUCACCCUCUACCUCUGCAUCGGCUGGGGAGCCCCAAUCCUCUUCAUUGUGCCGUGGGUGGUGGUGAAAUAUCUUUACGAAAAUAUUCAUUGUUGGAGUACCAAUAAUAAUAUGGGCUUCUGGUGGAUCCUGCGUUUCCCUGUAUUCUUAGCCAUUUUGAUUAAUUUCUUCAUUUUCAUUCGUAUAAUUCAGAUCUUGGUCUCUAAGCUCCGUGCCCACCAGAUGCGAUACACAGACUACAAGUUUCGGCUGGCAAAAUCAACCCUGACUCUGAUUCCCUUGCUGGGCAUCCAUGAGAUGGUUUUUGCCUUCGUCGUUGAUGAGCAUGCCCAGGGCACACUGCGCUUCAUCAAGUUGUUCUUUGACCUCUUUCUUGGCUCUUUUCAGGGAAUGCUGGUGGCCAUUCUCUACUGCUUUGUGAACAAAGAGGUACAUUCGGAACUCACCAAAAAAUGGACACGCUGGAAACUUGGUCGGGACAUAGAAGAAGAGUAUAAACACACAUACAGCCACACCCCCAAUGCACGUAAUGGGAGGAGCAGCAGCACCACCUGUGAGAAGCACAAACUGGUUGGCAACUACCUCAAUGGUCUGAGCUGCAGUCAAGCAACUGUACAUACUAGCACUCAAUAUCUGGAGAGGACCCACUGCAGCAUCAGUGAAAAUCUAGCUGUGCAUGAAGUACCUCCUUGCUAUGAAUUUCCUGACACAAGGGGAGAGAGCAACUUCUGAAGCAGUUCAGUCCAUUGCCUCCAGCAGAUUGGGCCCAUUGAUUCAUAAGACAGCCAUAUUGCAGAGCAAGGAUGGCAGAGCUGAAAGCCCAAGAGACACUGAGUGGGGUGUGUGGUUGGAAACUGACUAGCUGCCUGAACUGAUACCUCAGUGUCGGAUUGUGCUGUCUCUGAGAUAGGUUGGCAUAUCCUGAUGAGACUCAUGUCCUUCUCAUCUGCAUUCAUAGUAUUCCAUGGGUGAACUCCACUGUAGGUGAGCAAAAAGGAACAAGUCAGUGAUAGCCCAGUUAUAUGUCUGGGAGAAUUAUAGGCUAAAGGUUGGAGAUGACAUUAAGUAGCUUUUGGAUGGAAAGAGAAUCUUCUAGGAGGUCUGAAAGUCUACAGUUUAGGAAUGUACAUUGAUUAGUGCUGAUCAAACUGAGAAUCUCAGAAACCUUUCUGGCUCUUGGCUUUUAUAAAGAACAAGCUGAAAAUGCAUCAGCAGUAUUUGCUAAAAGAUAAACAAAUGGAGCAGAAGGGGCUGUGCAAUUUUUUAAAAAUUAGUCAUAAGGGAGUGUAUAUUCAGAGUUAUUGCCUAUUCCCUAACCUGCUAUAUCCUGAUGGAAAAUUCUGCCAAAAAGCUCUUGAAACCAAGUCAUCAGCAAAACAUACAAAGUUAUAUAAUUGUUCAAUAUAGCUAAAUAUUUUAUUUCCAAGUUUAGUAAUUGCAGAAUUUGGGUUUGAGCACAAGAUUUCCAGAUUCCUUCUUGAAAAUCUUUUUGCCUCUGGAAUGGUAGUACCUUAGUUAAUAAGGGCCAUGCUUCUUGAAGAAGGUAUGGUAUUCAAUAAAGGUGGUGUCCAUCUGGAAAUUAGGGGCAUAACGUGUCCUCCUGAACAUCUGGGUGAUUUCAGGAAGCCAGUAAUACUGUAAUGUCUCCCUUAAUUGGAGGUUAGAAAUGAGAGUUGGAGGAUUCUGGGCAGUAAAACGCUGUCAUCCUACACUUAACCACAACCAUAGUCCAAAGCUGCCUGAUCAUAAAUUUGGCCAUUUUGCUGUGAGCUGCCCACCUGGGUUAUCAGGUAACUUGCACAUUGUUUUGUGGUAGGUGACCGUAUAGUACCAAAAAUGCUGCCUGUGAUCUUAAGUGUGCAGCAAUAGUAGUGCUUACUCCAGAGUGAAGAUGUUAUUGACCAUCUUUAUGGCUGUGCCGUUACAUCUGUGCUGUGGAAGCACUUACUCCAUUUGUUCCCAGGAUGACUCUGUCCUGAAUGAUUCUGUCAACUGAUUUUUGCCGAAGUCUGUGAUGCAAGUGCCAAUGUUCUGGAGAUCAAACCUUCAAUAAACGGUGUUACGUGUCUUGGCAAUUUGGACAGUUCCUCCUGAUGCACAUCACAGCUCAUCUUACCUAAGGACUGGGCUAUACUACAAUUACUAACAUGGACAGGAACAGAUGUCCUGCACUAGUCACAUUCAUCAGAAGUAUUAAAUUUCAUAGGAAAACUAAAUUAGAACCAUUGCAACAGACAGGUAAUUAUUGCCCUCUAUGAUUAUGCAAUGUCUCUUUCAAAGCAUAAGAUUCUGUCCUCCCCAGAAUAGACCUGGAAGAAUUCCUCUGGCAUUUCCAGGAGCAUUGAAACAUUCUGAUCCAGACAUCUCUAAGACGUACAGAGAUUAUCUGCAUUAGUCAUGGAGCACUUCACCACAGUCUCUCUCUCUCUCUCUCUCUCUCUCUCUCUCUCUCUCUCUCUCUCUCUCUCUCAAUAUGUUAUUCUUAAAAUUGAUAUAUGCAUGAAAAUGUUACUUCUGAGCAUGAACAACCACAGAAUAACUCCAUGCAUGCCUAUUCUUAUGAUGUUCCCUUAAAAUCCUUUGACUGUAAUACAGAAUGAAUAAAACAGCAGUUUCUGAAGCUGAAUUGCCACAGCUCA